AUGAAAUGGGAAGUCCCACGAUGUAAAAAACGACCACGGCAACCAACAGUGUCCAAUUUGGAUGAUUUUGAUAUUUCUGUCAUAAGAAACAAAAUAAACGAGUUUUAUGUUGUUAAAAAGUGUGUUCCAACCUUAAGAAGCUUACACAUGGAGCUGCAGGAUUCAAUUCAAUUCUCUGGAAGCCGGGAAACGCUGCGACAACUUUUACAUAAAAAUGGCUUUGAAUUCAAAAAAAAUAAAAAUGAGAGAUCUAUUCUUAUAGAAAAAUUUGAAUUAGCUCCAUGGAGGCAUAGAUACCUGAGGACCAUUCAUCAAAAACGCCAAGAAGGAAAACAUAUUGUUUAUCUUGAUGAAACUUAUGUCCACCAAAACUACAAACCCAAAAAAUCGUGGCAAGGACCAUCUACAAGUGGAUUAGUGGAUAAAAUAUCUGCAGAAAAAAGACACAUUAUAGUCCACGCAGGAUCAGAAAAGGGUUUUGUUCCUAAUGCUUUAUUAGUGUUUAGCACAAAAUCGAAAAUGGCAGACUAUCAUGAUGAUAUGAAUAAAAACAAUUUUUUGAAAUGGUUAGAAGAGAAGCUAAUACCAAACCUGAUGGAACCCUCUAUAAUUAUCAUGGAUAAUGCGAGUUACCACGUAACUCAAAUUAACAAGCCACCUACAAUGCACAACUUGAAAGCUGACAUUCAAAAGUGGCUUUCUGAUAAUAAUAUUUCGUUUGACGAAUGCUUUACAAAGGCUGAGCUCUUCUGUCUAGUGCAAGAAAAUAAACCAACUCCUCUAUAUGAAGCAGAAGAGUUACUGAAACAGCAUGGGCAUGAAGUUUUAAAGUUGCCUCCGUAUCACUGCGAUCUCAAUGCGAUAGAACUUAUAUGGAGCUUGGUCAAACGAAAGAUUGCAAGCAAAAAUUUGGGCGUGCAUGGCACUCAAACCGAAGAAUUAAUUCAAGAAUGUUUCUCAACCAUCACCGCAAGCGACUGGAAGAAAAUCACUGACCACAUAAUUAAUGUGGAAAAUGAAUAUAAAACUAGAGACAGAAUUACAGAGACUGAACUGGAACCAUUUAUUAUAAAUGUUCGUGAAGACGAUAGUGACAGUGACAAUUCCCUCUCUGGUAUUGAGUUUCUCGAAUCUGAUUUUGAUUAUGAUGAAUAAAAUGUUAUUAUUUUUA